AUGCCGACACACAACUCUUCAGACGGGACUAGACCUAGUGGGCAAAAGACAGCAAUAAUGUUGAAAGAUGGCCCACGAGCGAUCUGCUUGCAACAUGCUGCUCUCUUCGCAUUCGAACGACACACGCACGCAGGUAGAUUUUCAGAACUUGUUUUACCACAACUAAGUACUUACUUGCAUCUACUAAGAGGAAUUUUCUGGGAAUUGGGAAAAUUGAAAAAAAUUCGUCCCUCCUUCGCUGCCCCGCUAUAUCAAGAAGCACCGUUGACACACGCUGCCCCGGUCGGAUCUGUUCGCGCUACAGGGAGGGUGUCUGGAUGUCCUUCCUGGGAAGGCCGCCACCCUGUAGCCGUGUUGCACCAGGCCAAUGCUAUACGACUAAAAGCCCGGGCACCAUGCGGCGGGGCGUCCCAGAUUUAGCAUUUGCAAUGGGUAGGGGUCGCUUUUACCUAGGGGCCCCACGCCCGGCCCCUGCGCCUUGCAAUAUUUCGACGAAUUGACGAAGGAGCACCCUAGCGAAGAUGCCGCAGCCGGCCUCAACUCAGGCACUUGGCUUGCGGACUCAGGUGCGGUUUCAGGUGAUUCACACCACCAAUCACGAUGGCUCUGCGCGUUUUCAAUUUUCCGGGAAAACUCGGAA